AUGGCGCCUCUCGUCCUCACCCUGCGGAUGCGCACGCUCAUGGUCGCGCCGAUCCUGCUCGCCAUCGCCACCGGCAUCGCCCUCUUUGCCCACUCCGACGUCAACACGCCGAUGCUGUGGUCGCAGUGCCACGCCCACGCGCGCAUCCCCGCCCUCAGCCGCAUCCCCGUCCUCGGCACGCCCUCGUGCUACCUCGUCAGCUUCUUCCAGGCGGCGCUCGACUCGGUCCGCACGCGCGCCGUGCUCGCCGUCAUCCUCGCCUUUGUCGGCGGCCUGCUCACCGUCUGCACCGUCGAGUCGGCGCGCGGCUGCAACGCCACCGCCCGCGUCGUCGCCCACCCCACGCCCUCCUGGCUGCUCUUCAACCUGCUCGGCGGCGCCCUCGUCUGGCAGCUGCUCAUCGUGCCCGCGCAGAUCCAGCGCCUGCGCAACAUCUUCAUCGCGCAAAAGAAUGGCGGCGCGGGCGACGGCGACGGCGACGAGGAGGGCAAUGUCGGCGGCGGCGGCGGCGGAGACAGGCUCGAGAGACUCGGCGUCGACCUGGACCGAAACAUUGCGGGCUCCGAGGUCGUUGCUAUUCCCGUCGCCGUCGCCGUGGGCUUUCUCCUCCCGUCGAUCCUGAUGCUCGUCUACAACAGCAGCCCGGUCGCGAUUGGCGUCUGGCUCUUCUUCCCCGUCUACGUCUCCCUCGCGCGGCUCGGCGUGCGCUGGAUGCUGCAGCGUACCUGGGACUACACGGCCGAGCGCAACGUGCACCUCGAGACGCACCGCCGCAGCCUCGUCGCCGUGUACGCCCUACCGCUGCUGGCGUCACUCUUGGCCCACGCCGCCAUCAUCUGGAGCAUGACGCGCCGCGAUGACCGCAAGGAGAUGACGCGCUCGUGCGUCAUGUUCAUCGAAAUCGACUUUGCCUUCAUCGGCGCCACCGUCCUCUACUGGGUGCUCGUCGAGACCAACUGGAAGGUGCCCUUGUACAUGGUGGCCAUCUCGGUGGUGCUCGGUCCCGGCGCGGGCGUCCUCGGCGGCUGGCUGCUGCGCGAGAAUGUCAUUCAGGAGGAGCUCGGUGCGGUCAUUGAUCUCGAUGCCGCGGAGGACACCGCCGGUGAACCAUCGGAGCAGACGCCGCUGCUCUAA